UGAGGCGUGUACGUUUAUUCCAUUAAUAUAAGCUUAAGUAGGCUAAAACUACUUUGUUAGUAAACAAAUGUGUUCAAUAGCAAAUGCUGGAGGACAAGAUUGUGAAAAGGAGCUAUUGCAAAUACUGGUUUUACUUAUUAUUUGAACCCAGUUAGGAAAUCUGGUGACCAUGGCUACCACGGAGUACAAGUAUGCCAGACACGCUACACCCGAGGAGGCAGCCAAGAUCCUCGGUAUGGGUGCUGGAACCUGGCCUCCACCACCCGGGUACCCUACAAAGCCCAAGUACGAGGAGUUCUGUCACGACAUCCCCAUCGUCCCUCGCAGCGAGUGGGGCGCACUCCCCCCGCGGCACGUUGACCACGUCGAGGAGGCCGAGGUGACUCAUGUCAUCAUCAACCACACGCGGACCAGGACGUGUUCCGACCCUGAGUCCUGCGUCCUCAAGAUGCAGUACAUCCAGAAGAAACACUUGGAUCAAGGACUGCCUGAUAUCAAGUACAAUUUCCUGGUCGGUGGCGACGGUAGAGUAUACGAAGGCCGAGGAUGGACAGUGAGUCCUCAUGUCAAUCAACAGUGGCCAGAAGUCACCAAGAUGUGUGUAGAGUUCGCCUACAUCGGUAACUACGGCAGGUUUCACAGGCCAAAGAGGCCGGGUAGGAAGCUAGUAGGUCCGAUGUGGGACUUGAUAGAGUUUGGGUACGUCAAGGACUACAUCGCUUACGGUCUAGAGCUUCAUCAGCGCAGACAUUGGCCAAGAGUUAUUAACUUUAUCAGCGAUGAUCCAGUGUUUGGGGUUGACUGGAAUUACCCCGCGCCACACACUUAGACCACACUGACUCUUUGACAUUGGAAAGAGAGGGUAUUUAAAAAUAGAUACACGAUGUUUGCACUUAAAAAAUACAUGUUAAUAAUUAAUUGGACAUUUCGAAGUACCUUGAUAGGUUACAUUUAGUCGUUGUAUUAAGAAGUUUCGGUUGAAUCUUUGUACACCAAACCUGAGCAAAGUUUCAUCAUUAUAAGCAUUGACUUGAACAUUUAUUGUAUUUUGACUACUCAAACAUUGAUUCAAGCAUCAUUUUCAUGACCGCAUUAUAUUUAUUAUUUAAAGUUAGAUGACUUUUAGUAACAUAAUUGGUAUCAUAGUAAAAUUAAUUGUUAUGUCAAUAAG